UAGAUCCGCAGUGCUGGGCUGCUAUGUGCUCUGAGUUGUCAAAUCCGCCUCCUCUCCGUUACUUUCACCAUCCAGCGGAGCAACUUUUACAACAGAAGAGGAAACUCCGGAUUAACCGCGACCUACGGAGCUUCAGCAUGCGGGGAAUCUUCGGAAUUUCGUCGUUAUUUCCUGGUUAUUUCGCUUUUCGGUAUCAUUAGCGAGUUUACGGGCUGUUUAUAGAUUUUAGAGUAUAGAGAUAGAGUUAGCAGCGCAGCUAACUUAGCUUAGCUCCCCUCACAACCUCACAACUGACUAACUAACGGCAGCGAGAGGGUUUCUCUCCUCAGAACUCGCCUUAAAAUAGCUUAUAUAACAUUUUAAACUCAGAGAAAACAUAAAUGUGAUCUUUAAACCUGACAGCUGCCUAAUUUAAGCUGUGAUUCGCUGGAUUUAUUCACUUUUUUCACUUUAUUUUGAGGAUUAGCUUCUUCUGAAAUGCAGCUGAUAAGCAGGAAGAGGGGCAGAGAAAAGCUUUAGCUCAGUCUGAGGGGCGAAAAAACUCACAAACAAGCCAAAAACUAACGGAUAAAUCAGCAAAUAGCUGUUUAUUUUUAAUUAUAAAACUUACAUUAGCUUUAAAAAAUAUUUAGCGUUUUUUUACUACGUUUUCUACCUGGUAAAAUCGUAGUUAGGUAGUUUAGUUUGGAAUUUUUUUAGGAUAAAAAAUUGUAAAAAUGCGCGAACCCACUGGGAAUUUCACCUUCCUCCACAGGAUCUGCACUCUGGUCGUGCUCCUGUGUUUUGUCCACAUUUCUGUGACUUUAUUGUACUAUGUGAAGUCUUGGGACUUCAAACAGCCUUCUAUACAAACCCAGCCAGGCCAAAGGAAGCUGACAUUUAAUAGAGAAAGCAGUGAAGAGGAGUCUAAACCCACCACCAACCUUCCUCACAUCAUCCCCAACAUUACUGACACACCUGAGGAGCUCCAGCAAUGCCCAGACCCUUCACCUUUACUAGUGGGUCCUCUCCGGAUCGAGUUCUCCGCUCCGGUCAGUCUGGAGCACGUGAGGAGCGAGAACCCCGCGCUGCAGGAAGGAGGACGCUUCAAGCCCAAAGACUGCAUCGCUCUUCAGAAAGUGGCCAUCAUCAUCCCCUUCCGCAAGAGAGACGAGCACCUGAAGUUCUGGCUGUACUACCUGCACCCCAUCCUGCAGCGGCAGCAGCUCGACUACGGGGUCUACAUCAUAAACCAGGAUGGAGAUGAGACGUUUAACCGGGCGAAGCUCCUGAACGUGGGCUACGCUGAGGCUUUGAAGGAGUACGGUUACGAAUGCUUCGUCUUCAGUGACGUGGACCUCAUCCCCAUGGACGACCGCAACACCUACAAGUGCUUCAGCCAGCCCAGGCACCUGUCCGUCUCCAUGGACAAGUUCGGUUUCAGGCUGCCGUACAACCAGUACUUUGGCGGCGUGUCCUCCAUGAGCAAGGAGCAGUUCCUGAAAAUCAAUGGCUUUCCAAAUAACUACUGGGGCUGGGGCGGGGAGGACGAUGACAUCUUCAACAGGCUGAGCUCCAAAGGGAUGUCCAUAUCCAGGCCGAGCGGCGCGAUCGGGAAAUGCAGGAUGAUCCGCCACGAUCGGGAUAAACAGAACGACCCAAAUCCUCAAAGGUUCGACCGGAUAGCUCACACCAGAGAGACCAUGCACAAAGACGGCAUCAACUCCUUAUCCUACAAAGUGGUGAAAGUGGAGAAGGACCAGCUGUUCACCAAAAUCACAGUGGACCUCGGCGAAGCACCGAAGUGACGGACGUAUUCUUGAACGUCCACCGGAUGCAGUAACCAAAUGUGCCUUGGCUUUAUGUCAGAUAUGCAGCGGAGUGUCGGACGGCCUAUACUUUUUAAUUCAGAGUUUCAGAGAAAAUAUUAUAUUUUUUAAAGACUUUUCACAAUUAUCUUGCCAUCUUUGCACAAGCAGUGGCGUAGCGCGAAGCGCGAUGGGUGGGUGGAGGACAGGUGGAGGGCUUUUUUAUUUUUUUAUUUUAACAUUUUUUUGUUUCUCUUUUUUGUGAUAAACUAAAUAAACCCCACUGUUGGCCUCGGCGACUGCUGCUAGGGUAACGAUAGCAUCUCCUGAGCCAGCUGUCCGUCAGGGUGUGCAGGUGAAAUGCUGAUACGGACGUCUGAAGAAUGUACGCUUGCGGUGAAGCUCUCGAUUGGAGCGCUAUUGGUGCCUUGACUCGUGCGUUUCCAUGGACGCGGAUGCUGAUUGGACUGUUCACAGGGGGGCUGGUGGCGGACUCUUACGUUUGCAGGCAUACGUCAACACUUCCUCAUUCCAGUGACCGUGCCUUUUCCUUUAAUGCUGAGAAACCAAAAAGAUCAGGCUCCCCCACAACAAUCGAACUGUCUCACUGUCUCUGUAUCCCACUUUCCCACUGUCUGUCUUACUGUCUCUGUAUCCCACUGUCUGUCUCAUUCUCUCUGUAUCCCACUGUCCUACUGUCUGUCUUACUGUCUCUGUAUUCUACUUUCCCACUGUCUGUCUUACUGUCUCUGUAUCCCACUGUCUGUCUCACUCUCUCUGUAUCCCACUGUCCUACUGUCUGUCUUACUGUCUCUGUAUUCUACUUUCCCACUGUCUGUCUCACUGUCUCUGUAUCCCACUGUCCUACUGUCUGUCUUACUGUCUCUGUAUUCUACUUUCCCACUGUAUGUAUCUCUGUCUCUGUAUCCCACUGUCUUACUGUCCCACUGACUCUGUAUCCCACUGUCUUACUGUCCCACUGUCCCUCUGUCUUUGUAUCCCACUGUCUCACUUUCUCUGUCUCUGUAUCCUACUCUCUCUCUCUCUCUCUCUCUCUCUCUCUCUCUCUCUCUCUCUCUCUCUCUCUCUCUCUCUCUCUCUCUCUCUCUCUCUCUCUGUAUUUGUAUCCCACUGUCUCUGUGUCUAUAUCCCUUUGCUUAUGUAUCACACUCUCUCACUUCCCCAGUAGCUCACUGUCCCACUGUCCCACUCUUUUAUUGUCAUUGUCUCAUUGUCCAACUGUCCAACUGUCAUACUCUCUCAUUUUCCCAUUGUUCCACUGUCUCCCUAUCCCAAUUUUGCAGUGUCCCGCUGUCUCAGUGUCUCGCUGUUACAGUUUGUGUCCUGGUGUAUCAGGAUUUUUGAGUCUCACUGUCCAAGCUUUGCAGUUUCUCACUGUCCCACUGUCCAGCUGUCUUACUGUCCAGCUGUCUCAGUGUAAAUCUGGGGCCUUGUUUUAAACACUUUUCAACUGACGAAUGAAUUGUACAAGUUUUUGGACUAAAAAAACACAUGGGAUAAAGUCUAUUUUUGUCUUUAAGAAUUUUAAGUUUACUGCAAUAAAUAAAUAAAUAAAUAAAUAAAUAAGUAUUCAGAUAAUAUCAUCUCAGAUAUAUUUAAAUAUCUAAUAUUUCUCAUAUGGCAGUUGUAAGAAUAUUCUUAGACAAUUGAAUGGUGUUAUUUCUCAGAAUGUUUUAGUUUAUUUUACAUAGUAAAUAUAUAUAUAUAUUUUUUUAAACAAGCCAAAAAUAUUACAGUUAGAUCAUUAUGAAUAACUGCACACAAGAACACAUUUGUAGAAAUGAGCCAGUUCAUCGUAUAAUAUUUUAUACACUUGUCAAAAAAUGAGAAAUUUUAGAUAUUUUGAGUUCAGUUAUUAUUUUGUUUGCUGGGAAUUCCUCAAAUCUUUUAUUAGAAGAAAUACUUCAGACUUUUUAAUCUGAUUGAUGUUGACAUUUAUAGAGUGUAUCUGAAAUCACCAAAUUAUUAUUUAUAAUACAUUGUUUUAAUUAAUUUUUAUUGAAUUUCCUAAAAAACAAAAAAGGUAAAAAUUGUGAUUAUAUCAGAAUUAUAAGGAUAUCAACACUUAACUGCUUAAUAAACUAUAUUGUCAUUGUAAAGUUAAUUAUAUUUGACAUUAUAUGAGUAAGACGGACCCACCACACUAAAAUAUCCACAUUUUAUUAUUUUUAUUGCAUUUAUAACCCAAAUAAAUAUUAGAUGUAUUUUUAAUUCUAUAAACCCGGGUGGGUUUAGUCCCAAAUUCUGCUGUUUAGAAAUGUUUACAAUCCUGUUUUCACUGAAUUUAUGUAAGUUUGCUUGAGUUUCUCAAGCCAUCAAUAUUGUGACUGUUCUGGGUUUACUGGGUUUAACAGUAGAUUAUAUGUUGUUCUGUUUUAAUGCGCUGGUUUGUUUUCAAACGGCCGAAAAACCUGAGUUUUCUCCUCAACUCACCACCAACCACACUCUGAUCUUACUGGUGGAGAAUGCGGGCCCAGAGAGUAAACGUUCACACCAGGAGUUUCAGUAAACUGUUUUUAGGACAAAUCGUCUUUAGGGUCAAAUUUGUGUCCAAAAGCUAAUUGUUGCAAUUAAUGUCUGAAAAAUGUGUUUAAUUGUGAAUAAUUACACAAAACACUGUAAUUAUUUAACCAAUCACACAGCAGUUCUGUACAGGCAGUUGGAACAGUAUAAAGGUAAAGGUAAAAAUUAUGUUUAGGGUCCCAAAAAGUGAUUAAUCAAAAUUAAUCACACGCAAAAAAAAUAAUUAUUCGAAUUAAUCAGACAAAUCAACAAAACCCUGAUGUGUAAAAUUUAAAAUCUCGAUUAAUCACACAAAAAUGUGACUAAUAGUGAUUAAUCGAACAAAACAAUGUGAUUAUUUUACACAAUUACGAAGCAGUUGGAAUAAAAUCUUAAACAAAAUUGUUGCUGUACUUAAUUGUAUUUAGUAAAAUACUAAACCUUGUUGCAUGGUCAAAUGUGCAUCUCAGAAAUGUGAUUAAUCGCGAUUAAUCACAAAAACUUGAUUAAUUGCACACAAAACAGCACUGACCAGGCAGUUGGAACAAAUUCCUGGAAAAGAUUUUUGCUAGAUUGUAUUUUAUAAAAUUUGACCAAAUGUGUGUUCCGAAUAAUCUGAUUAAUCGUGAUUCAGAACAGAAUGUUUACAUUAUGGACCUGAAUUUUCUCUCAAAUCCUCAAACUCCACCACCUGGAUUAAUUAUGGAUUUUUUUUAUUCUUUUUUUUUUUUUUUAGCCGAGACGUAAAAACAAAUCGCCCUCAGUUCCGUCAUGUUUCUGUAUUUAAGUUCUUCUUUAGCUUUGCAGUUUUAGCGUUAGCAUUAAAACUCCCCAAACUCAAACCCAGUAUCUGCUCUUAUUUCUUGAUUAUGUUUUAGAUCUAUUUGGACAAUGGCCUUUGAUCAGAGCCAGCGCAUUCUUUUGUUUCAGGUUGAUCUUUUCUUUGAUCUUCUCUCUCUGAGGAAUCCUCAGUGGUGCCUUAUCUUUUAUCUGUGAUGCUGUCGGUCUCUGUCUUUGCUUUUUUUAUUAUUUCACCCUUUAUUGUCCUUUGUUUUACCUUUAUUGUGUUGUAUUUUGUUUUUCGUGCACCUGGAUGCUGUUCCUUUCUUUCUUCUGUUGUUUCUUGACAUGCUGAAGAUAAAUCAAAUCAAUGAUGAUCUGAAAUGAUUAAAUCACUUUUUGAUUGA